AUGUCACUCAACAAUGUCCCCCGACCAGCACAGCUACAGCGAACGGAGAAGGUUCUAGCAUGUGUGAACUGCCAACACCGCAAAAAGAAAUGCGACAGAGCUAGCCCAUGUUCCUUAUGCAUCAAAUCCGUCAGAGAAUGGCUCUGCGACAACGACGACGACGACAACAUCUUCGGAGGCGGCAUCAAGAGAAUCAGCAGAGUCGCCGGGCUCGCCCACAACCACAGCCACUACAACAUCAACGUCCAGUCCGCCACCAUGCUCCUACGCAAAUAUUCAGAAGCAUUUCAAACCAUGCCCAGCGGCACAUAUAAUUAA